AUGUCCGAGAGCAAGGUUUUGGUCCUCGGUGGGACGGGCCCGGCGGGGAUCUGUCUGCUGAGAGAACUUGUCCAUCGCGAACACGAGACGAUUGUGUUCGCACGGAACCCGUCCAAAAUACCCAGAGAUUUGCUUGACAACUCUCGCGUCGAGGUUCUCGAAGGACAAAUGUCCGAUACUGCCACCCUGUCUUCGGCAUUGGCUCGGACCUCGGUCGUUGUGUCUUUGCUGGGUCCGGAUAUCAGAGACCGGACCAUUGACCCGUCGCUUUACGCGGACAUCUACCGAUCUCACCUGUUUCCGUUGAUGAGGCAACAUCGUGUAAAGCGUAUCCUCGCAAUGGGCACGUUGACCAUUUGCAGACCGGAAGAUCACUGGACGCUCAUGCAGACAAUGGUCACCACGCUCAUGCCAUUGUUCAACAGCGCCGUGUACCGGAACAUGCUCAACAUUGCAAGGCUAUUCGACGAAGAGGGUCAAAACUUCGAUUGGACCAUCUUUCGUAUUGCACAAAUCCCGGGAGCGUCUGACGAGGCUAGCUGGCGGCAAGAUCGCGAGGGGGGCAUUUUUACGGGUUGGAUUGGUGAGAAGGGGUGGAUGUCGUCUAUUAGGAGAGCAGGGCUUGCUAGGUGGCUUGUCAAUGCGGUUGAGGGCAAAGCGGAGGCGUGGGUUGGCAAAAUGCCCGCCGUCAGUUCUUUGGCCCAUUGA